CCGCCACGAUGUAUUGUGUGGUGCUGGGCUGCAGAACGUGCUAGUUGUACUACAUUUCAAAGGCGCAUUAGUUUUAACUUUUGUCGUUUUGUAAACCCAACAGCGAUGCCUACUGUUAAUGAUUGGAUCAAUAACCCACUGGGUGUUGUUGAUGGCAUGUUUGCCCAAAGUAACUCAAGUCCAGACUGGGAGAAGAAAGUGGUGGAGCACUUCAAAGAGAAAUUGAAACAAAACGACGCUCACACAUGGGUUCCAUCCCUGAAUGAUGUUCCUAUGCACUACCUCAAGCCUAAUAGCCUUGUGAAAUUCCGUUGCAUGGUCCAGGAUAUGUUCGAUCCAGAAUUUUUCAUGGGUAUUUAUGAGAUGAAUGAUCCCACAUCAAACUCCAAACUGUUGAAGUGUGGAAAGUACAAAGAUGUAACAGAGUGUGGGCAGGUGGACUUUAACUCAAGUAACACUGUAACAUCAGAGAGACAGACCUUCUAUUGCAUCCCCAUCCCAGGAGAAUCUCAAUGGGUGAAGGAAAGCUAUGCAGGCUCCAGUCAGGCGCGAGUGGAGCCCUCCACAUCCUAUGCCCCGUAUCGGCAUAAACGCAGCUACGAGGAGGAUGAUGAGAUGGACAUGCAGCCGCAACAGAUGAAAGAUCCCAACCAAGGAGCUCAGAGUUCUGCAGAUUCUCAUGGCAACAUGGAGUCAAAGCGUCAAGAGACGGAAGCCCCCAAUCAUAACUCAUCACCUUCACACUGCACUUCCAGUCUGGAUCUCAACUUCCCUUUGCCUGGGGAGAAGGGCCCAGCCUGCCUUGUUAAGGUAUAUGAGGACUGGGACCGUUUCAAACUGAAUGACAUGUUAGAAGUGUUUGGCAUUCUCUCUGUGGACCCUGCACUUAGUGUGAUUGCAGAUGAGAGAGAGACAUCUUCACUGUUGGAUCCCACAGAAGGCAUGGAGACUGUAGAGGAGCAAAGAGUUCACAGCCCACCAGCGUCCCUCGUACCAAGACUGCACAUGCUAUAUGCCCAGCCCCUUGUGCACAACAACCCAUUACUGCCCUCUGGUGUGUCAGAGGAGAAUGGAGAUUAUUUAACCAGUGUUCUUGGGGAAUUAGCAGCAGUCAGAGCAGAGCUGCUCACGUACUUCACACAUGUCCUGCUGGGAGAUUCACUUGCUGCAGAGUACCUCAUUCUCCAUCUUAUCUCCAAUGUAUAUAGCAGACGUGAUGUUCUUCCUUUGGGCAAAUUUACCGUCAAUCUCAGUGGCUGUUCUCGUAGCACUCCAUACACAGAGCAUCUCUACAAGGUCAUCCAACAGCUUGUGCCAUCUUCAUACCGCUUAUGUAUGAGCUUGCAUAAUAUGAAUAACCAGCGCAUGGUGCCCCAGAAAGACUACACAGCUAACCGCUUGCUGAGUGGGACUCUUCAGCUGGCCAAUAACACGUCCCUGUUUCUGGAUGAGACGCAGCUGGAACAGGGCCAACUGGACACCACAGGUGUGCGGAACAUCACUGCCCUGGGGAACCUGAUCUCCUGGCAGAAGGUUGAUUACGAUUUCAACUACCACCAGAUGGAAUUCCCCUGCAAUAUUAACGUGCUUAUUGCAUCCGAGGGCCGUUCUCUCCUCCCGUCUGACUGUCAGGUCCACCUUCAACCCAUGCUGAAUCCACCUAACCUUGUGGAGUACCUGAGUGCAGUGCAGGUAGCACAGAUUCCAUCUCAACUAAACAAAUAUCGCAUCUACCUGAACGUAGCACGUGCCCUGAACUACACCAUCUCUGAGGAGAUCACAAAGGCAGUGGAAGAGGACUUUGUAGACAUGCGUAAAGAUGACCCACAGAGUAUGUCUGCAGAAGAUCUUCAUAGAUUGCUGGUUGUUGCAAGAUUGCUGUCAUUAAGUCAUGGGCAGAACACACUUUCAAGAGAUGGCUGGAUGAAAGCCAAGCAGCUGGAGGCCUUGAGAAUAAGUAGAACACAACAGCAGAAAUGUUUGAAUGGAAAUGAGCCUUAAAAUAUUUUACUUAUUGCAAAUACUUACCAUACAUGUUAAUAUGUUGGGUUAAAAUAUAAAAUGUUUUCAUAUGGCGUAUGAUUAUUGUACAGCUCAAGGUUUUUUUUUUACUUCACUUUAAACGUUUGGGUAAAAACUUUAGUAGAUUUCUGAAGUUUGAUUUGAGGAAUUGUUUUUGAUACAAUGCUUCCAAUGUUUUUAAAUGUGUUAACAUAUGCCAAUGCAGAUGUAUUACAAAGUAUAACUGCCUUACUGCAAAUAAUUACACACUUCGCACUUCUGGGUAAUAAAGAAAAAUAAAGUUUGAUAACUUAAA